CAAUGACGUCGCCGGCAUAUCGCAGGCAUAUGUGAACCAGGCUAAACAUACGCAUUCCCUUGGGACUUGUUGAUGGUCCUUUUGGCACACCACAAGUCAAAGUUUAGCACGUGAUUUGCACGCACCAUGUUGAUGGUAAAAUAUACAUACCAUAUACAUUACCACGUGUACACCAUUUCGGUUUGAAUGGUCUGGAAUUUAAAUCCUGUUUGAAAUCAAAUUGCUUUGGAAUGAAUUCCGUUCCUUUGAGAACAAUGGAAGCGAACAAUGACAGUUUUGGUGUUAUAAGUAAUACUGAAGCUGAAUUCAUCGAUAAAGUUAUGCUGCUUGCCAGCGAUGCAGACUGUAGUUAUUUAACAGUUGACUGUAUUUCUGAACUGUCUCAAACAGAACCAGCACAGGACGACAACUGUUCAGUUGAGGUUAUCAGCGACACUUGUAAAGUGCAUAAAUAUUACACAGAGACGGCUGAAACGAUUGUUGAGAACCACUUCACUCGCUCGUUUCUUGCUCAAAGUUUAGUCCAGUUAACGGAGCCGGAGGCAAAUAUGGAUGAGCGAGAUCCGAUUAAGAAAACAGGUAUCUAUUAUUAUUAUUAUUAAUAACAUAUUUUUACCAGGGUAAACCCGUCCGCAAACUAAGCUGUCAUAAGUGUUAUCAAUGGGUGCUUUGGGUGUAUAUAAUUAUGUACAAUAAAAUCGUUAAAUCCUAAAGCUAAAAGUAUAUAAAAUGAUUAAAAUAGUUCAUAAGAUGUCUUUUAAACAAGUCAGUAAAUCAUGAUAGAUUCUUAAUAUGUCCAGGUAAAUCUUUAGCUCACAAAUAAUAGAACGACUUCGUUGCAGUUUCUGUUCUAACUAUUGCAUGGGAGAAAAUAUCUAGAUUCUAGGCCAUUUCUUCUCGUAUUGUCGUACUAUAUUGGCACGAGUUUCGUUUUACUGACGUGCGCUGGUCAGACUAAGGAAGCGGACUGGUUUUGCAUAAGAGUCAAACGAAAACCACGACUGAAUAUUAUACCACGCGCUUAUCAAAAACUCUCGAGUCCAUAGGAGUCGAUGAGAGUUUAAACUUAUGCGCGUUUGACCACGGCUGCGUUGUUCAAAGUACGAAUAACGUCAACCUUAACCCGCUGUUUUGAUUUGUGUAUUUCUGCACGUCGGUAAUUACGGUAUGUUUUAAAACUUUGGAAAAUGAAACUUAUAUUGAUUCAGACAAGAUCAAGCUGUUGGGAAAUUGUCUUUGACGUUUAAUGCCAACUAGGAUUAAUUAAUCGGCUUUCGAACAACCCAUGGCUUUAAUUUGUUGGUUAAUAUAAUUUUUAAAUUUCCCGCUUCGCAUACAACUAGUUUAACCAUCAGCUAUAAAAGAUGCAUCAUAUUUGUAACGGAAUUAACAUAUAUGAACACUUUGGGAAAUCCUACAUAGACGAAUUACUGUGGAAAGAGUUCGCUUUCUAGGUGUAAAUUUGCAUAUUCAUCAGUUUUAGGCCUGUUUCAAACGUCGCGCUUCUGAUGUGCCGAACAAUUAAAAACAAUAGACGAUCAGUUGAAAUGCCUCAUCUAUUGUUUCUAAUGCGUUCGGCACAUGGGUAGAUAGACGUUACCAUAUGUUACAGUAUACACGAUAAACAGACUUUAUCUGCGACUGUUACAAUAAACUACAACAACGAUAACGACAACAACAAGGGUAGAUAAUGUCCAAUGCAUGAAAAAACUAACUGUGGAAAACUUUUCGUCUUAGGAGCGGCGAAGCGAAAGGCAAAACGAAAACCAACAGUGACGUCAUUAUUGCCAUCUCGUGCUCAAGUUACAACAGAUGCCCGCGUCCAUCCUUACAGCCUCAUGCAGCCCGCACGCAGGCCACAACCCAGUCCUCCUAGGAGAGUAGAGUUCAAUGGUGGAGCUUACCGCUAUGUGACUUCAGUUCCACAGUAUUGCGUACAAUAUCAAGCAUACAGUAUUAAGAAUGAAAGUGAUGUUAAACCACCUGUUUACAAAGCAUUUUGUAAAGGGAAUACGCUUAUUGAAGUGUAUUCCCCAUCUGUUGGUCGAGGAUUUAAUCCUAGAUAUAAUUCUCUACUGAUUGAACCUACAGUACAAGCAUUUUUACCGCCUGUCACUGGACUAAAUACAACUAUGUCUGCUGCAAUGGCUGAUAUGCACACUUUCCUUCAUAUGGCUAUUGAAUUUAAUAUUCCGAGUUAAAUGAUAUCGUAUUUUUGAAAGAAUGAGCUUGACUUAUUUGAUCAGGUGUAUGUAAUACACGUAAUUUGUUGCAUCGUGUUCUGCAUGAUUAAUUUCUUUUGAAAUCGAUUGUUUUUAAGGUCUGUGAACACGAAUAUAUGAAUAUGGUCCCCCCCCACUUAUCGAUCUUUUGACGCCUAUGAUUUGUUGUGUUUGACUAAAACUUAUAACAAGCUUGUUACAAUCACCGUAUCUUGUCACAAUGUUGUUGCAAUCUUGUCACAAUCUUGUUACAAGUGUGUUGUAAGUUGUUCCAACUUGUGACUUUUCACGAUAUUUGAUUUGUUGGAAUUGAAUUCUGAUGUUCCAAAUUACAGUUUGAAUAAUUAAUGUUGUUGUGGCUAGUAUUUGAUAAUUUGAAUAUGCA